CACAUACAAAAAAUGAAAUGUCUUUUCACUUUAUCUCAUUUGUGAAUGCUUUUAUUUUCCCUUCAAGAAGGGUACCUUGAUUCUGGUGAAGGGCUCUUGCUCCAUGGAAGUGGAACUAUACUUCCCUUGAGUCAAACCUUGUUGCUUCCCAUUCCCAAGGCACUGAUGGCCCCUGUGGAUUUAAUGCUUCCCCACAACUAUAGUAUUAACUUUAAUUCUGAACAGGUAUGUACGUGAUCUCAAAGACCACAAGCACAAUCAUGAAGGCUCUCGGCCACAUGUAUGUAAAGUCUGUGAGAGAAGAUUUGUUCGAUGGAGGGACUACAUUCGACAUUACCGGGAACAACAUAGCACUCAGCGUUACCAGUGCAAAAUCUGUGGCUCUUCAUUCAAACGUCGUUUUUAUCUUGAAACUGUUCAUAUGCGGACACAUCACCCUCAGAUGCAAGAAUUACCAGAGGAAACUAGUAUUCCAGACCCAAAUAAACCAAAGUGCAGAGAACCUAGUGAAACAAAGGAGAGUCACAUUUGUAGGGUUUGUGGAAGAACCUUUGCCAGAGCUCGCUACUUGACUUCACAUCUUCGUACUCACUCCAAACGUGCAGAUUAUGUUCGCUGUCCCAAGUGUCCUCGAAUGUUUACAUCAGAGCGAACACU